UUGUGCAAAGUAUUAGUGAGAGAUGGAGGCCUCAAGGAAGUAUCUCUGCCUUCUUGGAUUGUUUCUGCUUGCAGGGGCGGUAGGAUUGGAGAGUGUUGAUGGAGCUGGGGAAUGUGGGAGGGUUCCUGCGGAUAAGAUGGCUCUGAGGAUGGCUCCCUGUGCGUCGGCAUCGCAUGAUGCUCGCGCCCCGGUUUCAGCUCAAUGCUGCUUGGUGGUGCAGAAGCUGGGCAAGAACCCAAGAUGCCUCUGUGCUGUGAUGCUCUCAAACACUGCAAAGAGAGCUGGGGUCAAGCCGGCGAUAGCAAUGACGAUCCCCAAACGGUGCAGACUUGCACACCGCCCUGUGGGUUACAAAUGUGGAGGUUAUACCUUGCCUUAAGCAUCGAGAAGUUGAGGAAAAACGGAUCACUGUGGAAGAAUAGUGGAAGUGUUUCUAGCUGCCAGUUUGCUGGAUAUGAUGUUUUGAGCUCAUCUUGGAGUAUAUGAUGGUGGAGUAGUUGUAAUAUGCUGCUGGCAGUGUGUGAACUAUGAAGCAUGUAUAUCCUAAUAAAUCUAAUAAAUAAAUAAGUUAUUGAUGUGCUGAAUGAA